AUGGAAAAUGUUGAGCUUUUAAUGGAUUCUGAGAAAGAAGAAACGGUCUCGUCCAGGCAAAAUCUAGAGGAACAGCAAGAAGAAAAUAUUCCCGGGUCGUCUCCAGAAGGGGUUUUCACUCAUCAAGAAAAUAAUAUUUUUGAAGCGAUUGGUAGUCAAGAUGAUCUUGCGCAACAUAGCAUUCCUUUAUCAGCAGAAGAAUUGAAACAUGACGAAGAAAACGUCGAUCAGCAAGCAGAUGGUUUAGAUCAGAGAGAGCUUAUCGUUGAGGAUGGCGAUCAGCAAUACGAGAACAUGGUGCAAAUUACAUCUGAAGACAUGUACGCAGCUGGAUUUGAAAUGGAAGAUAUAAAUAAUUUAACAGAGGAACAGUUGAGUGUUGUUGUUGCAAUCAGCCAGGAAAGACAAGCCAAACAAAACGAUCAAGAAGAAGUUGUUGAAGAAGAUUCUCAUGAUCAUAUGAUUCAUCAUGACACGCUCGGGAACAAUUUCGGACGGAAUGAAGCCGGUGGUGAUGCAAAUCAAUAUCCAAGAGACGAGGAUGAGGAACAUGGUCAUAUGGAUGAUGCGUCGAUGCAUAUAAUUCUUACCCAUGAUGGAGGUGUGAACAUAACCGAUUCAAAACAGCAACAGUUCUAUAUUUCGGCAGCUGAAAUCGCGACUCUCAACAUUGAUCUGAAUAAUUUGAGCCAUGAAAAUGUGAAUCAACUUUUGCAGAUAGCUUUGCCAUCGAUGAAAGAAGGAAACGAUAUAAAACAAGAAGACACCUACAACCGGGAGGAACUCGAUCAAGCACCUUCUACGAGCUAUCAUCAUCAUCAGCAUCAUCAAAAUCACAAUCCUGAUAUUGAUAAUAAGAGUUCUAAAAAUGGGUUAAUUGGGGAGACAGUGCAGAUUCGAACAGCAGAUGGCCAACUUCAAGAUGCUGUUGUUAAAUAUAGCCGAGGGAAUUCAGAAUAUAAAAUUCAGUUUAUGAAUGGGGAGUUCGCCUAUGCUAAUAUCGACCAGCUGUUUCAUCAAAGAAUACUGAAUGAUCAUGACAACUACCAAAUGGCAAAUCCAGCACCUAUGACGAUCCGGAGAUCAGAUGUCGCUCAUCUUGCUGCACAGAAAAGAGCUGCACCUUCAACUGAUGAUUUAUGUCCUCCUGUUCUGAAACGGUCCUACCACCUAGCGCCGGUUGUAGACGGUCCUCAUCACACACCUAACUUCUGUUGUCCAAUUUGCGAUAAGAAGGUAUUUCAAAAAGAGCCUUCUUACAUAGUAAUUCGAUUACCAGCGUGCGAUUCCUGUACUCGUGAGAAGAUCAUUGUGCUGGACGAACAGAACAGCUGA